AUGCGGAAUCUCGCUGGCUCCACGAGUCCCAACGGUCGCAGCUUCGGCGCGCCCUUCGUUGCUUCUCCCGCCGAACCCCUUCAAACGUCAUACUGCCUCGUCAACGAGGACGACCUGAACGCUUCUGUCGAGAGGCCGCCGCGAACGUCCCAGAUGUACCCCAUUCCCUCCUGCCGGAAGCCGUCCCCAGCGAGAUGUCCCGAAACCCGUUCUCGAGGGCGCUCUACUACCGAAGAUGCCGCCCACUCGGGCGAACCUCGAUCCCCGACCCGGAUGGAAGGCGGCAUCUUCCGGCGUGAAUCAACCCAGACCGUCAAGCCUACCGACUCCGGCCUGACUACGCAAACGAGCUCCUUGGUUCCUCAAGAUCGAUCCACCGAGCACUCGGAGCAACAACUCAUCAUGCCCCUUAUCACGCUUCCCGACCGUAGGCCGUUUACAGAAAUCGGCAAGGCAUUAGGCGGGCUCAAGAUUCUGGUGGCCGGCGCGCAAGGCACCGGGAAGACGGCCCUUAUCAGGGCGAUACUGCAGUGCUGCGAGCACAUCGUGCAGCGAUUCGAAGCUCACCGAAGUAUUCGCGAGCACGAUGCCCCGCCCACCAUGGUGGACGCCGUGCGAGACGACGCCUCCGAGCUUUGCCAAGACUACGAACUAGACACUCAGUAUGACAAGAAUAUUUGUUUCGUGGAUACCCCUGGGCACGGCCCAGAUUUGAAUCCUCCCGAUUGCAUAUCGCUUGUCCGAGGCUACAUCGAGUCCCACCUUACGCCCCAUUUGUCGAGUGCGGCCGCGGAUGCGGAUAUGCUUAAGCUCCUGAGCGCUAGCGGUGGCUCCAUUGUCAGCACCGUCCUAUACCUUAUUUCACCUACGGGUAAGUUCAACCUAUGGGGCCCACCUUUUGACCUUUUAACCCAAAGACUGACGGGCAACACUGUAGGCCUCACUAGAGAAGACAUGCAGGUCCUUUUGGCACUCCAGCAAGUUACCAAUAUCAUUCCCGUAAUAUCCCACGCGGACACCUUAUCCGUUGAGGAAGUGGCCUCUGUAAAAGAAGCCGUCGCUCAGCAGCUGGCCGAAAACUAUGUCCGGCCGUUUACGUUUAGCAACUCCGGCGUCCCCGAGGGCACCGUAGCUGUCUACGCUAUUUCGUCUUCUCCCGGCUCCGAGUUUGAUCUGACGGACGCGAGCCUGCUCGUCAACUCGGAAUACAUUCAACCCCUCGUCACGACGGAUCUCGCCCGCCUCGUCGACGACAUUUUCUGCCCCAACGGCGCAUCCUGGCUCCGACAUUCGGCGGCAAAGGCCUAUCUAGAGUGGAGGAAACGCCACACCCAGUACGGUUACGGCAUGGACCUUUGCCUUGCGCCAAGGCUGUCGAUUCACGACCUAGCCCCGGCGGGAGGCAUCCUCCGGUGGCGUCGCGACAUUGGUUCCAGUCGUACAGAAGACGAGCUCCUCGACGACUGGGCGGCUGCCCUGCGGAGGAGCCUCAGCAACAACGUGAUUCGAAAUGCCAACCUCCUCCAGCUCACCCACCCCGCUGACAUGACGGUGGCGAGAAGGCGGGAGGGCAAGGCCGCACGGCGUGCGAGGAUGGCACAGCCAAAGACCCACCAAGACCCUUUGGGACUACUCCAGAUACUCGGAAGCAUCAAGCACCGCGGACAAACUAUUGUCGAGGUCGUAGGAACUGUGGGCGUGCUGGGGACUUUUGGGGUAUGGAUGUGGUAUGCGGGGGCCUGGAGCCUAGAAGAGAGAAACGUGGAGGAAGGGCAAUGA